GAAAUCACGACAAAAAUGCCUCUUUUGAAACACAAAACAGUUCUUGGCACGCUGCUUUCGACCACAAGGUCCCAUCCGCCUCAUCUCCAUGAUCAGGUUCCAUGCAUGCAACAAGACGAAGAAGCCCGACCCGAUACUCCCCGAAGGUUGUUCUAACUUGGGUCCUUCAGCAUUGACGAUGAUGGAGAACAGCGAUGUCCCAUCUGACUGCAACUGGAAGAAAAGGGCCGAACCGGAGCUUUCGGGCGGCUUCCCCCAUUCGAGGAGGAGCAGCGAUGGUGUCGCUGCCUACUCCGGGCCAUUCAGGGACAACAUCAGUCAGUUCCUAGAAGAAUGCGGAGAGUGGCAGGGCAAGGAUGCUUGCUCCGUCGGCGGGUACCCGACAUGGCGGAUGGCCGUCGCGAGCGACACCGGCAGCUUCCAAUUCUCGCUCUACGCCAUCCAGGAGAACGUGGAGGAGUCUCCUCGGUCCAUCUGUGACAGUUGCAGAUGCGUUGGUUGGAGUCACCAUUUCGUGUCCAAGAGGAGGUACCACCUGAUCGUACCUCCGGAAUGCGAGUGGACCGAGCCGAUGGGCGACAACAUGUUGGAGCUCAAUACCCAUCUCUUGCACGGCAUGAUUCACUGCAACGGGUUUGGCCACCUCCUCUGUAUCAAUGGGAAGGAGGAAGGCCCCAACCCCUUCUCGGCCAGUGAACUCAUGGAUAUAUGGGACCGAAUCUGCACUAUCCUUCGAGUGCGGAAAGUAACAGUCCAUGACAUGUCAAGAAAGGAAUCAAUGGACCUCCGGUUGCUCUGUGGGGUGGCUUACGGGCAAUCCUGGUUUGGGAAGUGGGGCUACAGAUUCUGCCGGGGAAGCUUUGGUGUGACUGAGGAUAAGUAUGACCAGGCAAUUGAAAUCCUCUGCUCGAUAGACCUCAACGAGAUUGUUCAGGAUCUUUCCGAUGGGUGUCAUGGCAAGGCAAUUCAAAGUAUAGUUAAAAGCUAUAGAGAAGCCAGCGAUUCCCGAUUAGUGACCAUAAGCGACUUGCUCCAAUUCAUGCUUGAUUCCAAACCCAAAAGAUCCCGGUGUUCCAAACAGAAAACUGAUUCAUUGGGAUCAACAAAGGAUAAUGAUGAGAAAAGCUUUGCUGAAGAAGAUUAUGAGUUAGUUGAAGUCAGUGGAUUGCUCACUUCUUUUCCAGAUACGGAGUCGUCUCGGCAGCGAUGGCCGGUUAGGAGACUUGAGCACACUGCUAAAGUAAUUGCCUCCACACUAAAGAAGCAUGAGUUAGAGUUCAGGGGAGGACGGACUAGUAUGUCCCGCCAAGAGCUAAGGGAUGCUGUGCGCUUGUACAUUGGAGACACGGGUUUGAUCGACUUUGCCUUAAAGCACAUAGACAACACAAUUGUGGGCAAUCAGGUCAUACGUCGCCGGGCAAAUCCAAGAACCAGGACCCUAGAAUUCAUGCUCCAGGAUGGUCCUAGAGCAAUAAGAGAAGAGAAGCUUGAAGUCGAGGAUUGCUCACAGGACCUCGAUGUGCAUAGGGACAUCCUGUGUCUUUAUGAGAAUGUCCUUUACGGAUACCCCGAGCACCAUCCGGUGAGCUUAGCAGCACAAAUCAUCUUCGAAAGCAAGCAUUUCGUGAAGGAGUGGCCACUCUCUGACUUCUGGGAUGACAACGAUAAGUUAAUGAACGUGUUGUGCAGAGCAGUUCCCAGUUACCGUGAACUGAUUACCGAGUUCACCAGACCACCGCCGCCCGGCGAGCAUAUCAGAAUCCAUAAAUGCACCGAUAUCACGGAGAUAAAAUUGGCAGCUCAGAAAGCAAUGCGUGACACAUACUUCGUGACAGACCAGUUCAUCGUGACAGAUGUUAAGGUGCGCGAAGCAGGUCCGGGAGUAAUGCAGGUUUAUUCUGUAAGAGGAAUCAGGAUGGACUCUGGCACGGCGCUGAGGUACGAGGGCGGGCCUGACAACUGGGUGGUGGACUGCGUGUGCGGGGCCCGGGAUGACGAUGGGGAGAAGAUGGUUGCUUGCGACGUGUGCCAGGUGUGGCAGCACACCCUGUGCAACGGCAUUGAGCAGGACGAGGACGUUCCCCCGACUUUCAUAUGCGAGAAAUGCAGUGAUGGGAAGAAGACCAAUAUAGUAGGAACCAGGUCAGGAAAUGACAAGAGUUCAGUAAGAAACUAAUCGCAAUAGAGUUGUUAAUUUGUAAUGGUGAAGAUGGAGAUGAAGGCGACGGUAGUAUUUGAUAAAUUAAGUGCUUAUUUUAGUUAAGGAAAGAAAUGGAUCGGAAGAAGAAAUGAAUGAAUAAUAAUGAAAAAAGUUUUGUGAGAGAUAAAAAGUGCCAGUAAGUGGGGAAUGAUUUAUUUCAUUAAAUCAAAAUUUUCUAUGUAUUUCAUCAA